AUGGAAUCUAUUUAUUUAUUAUUAGUAUCUGUCAGUAUUUUUCAAAUUUCAUUAACAACAAAAACAUGUUACGGUCCAUAUGUUACUGCAUCAAGUCUUGAAGCAUUACAUCAAGAUAUAGAUUUAGUUGAACCAUAUCCAGUCGAUUGCGGUGGAUUAUCAUGUGAAUUUUAUUUAAGUCCAAGUUCCGCUUUAGGUUCACAUGGUCCACUAAGUGCCUAUGGUCCACUAGGCGUAAUGGGUCCGAUUGGAUAUCAUGCAUGGAAUCCUACGGCUUGGAAAUUUCCAUCAAAUGAAAUAAUCGAUUGGACUACAUCGAAUAUGUUAUUUGGACUUUCUAAUAAUCCACUUUCUUCAGCAGGUCCGUUGUCAUCUGAAUCCUAUCAUACAACACUUCCUUCGAUCAAUGAUUUUGGUAAACAUUUACAAGCACUAGGCUUAUGGGGUAUUUUAGGACCUCUGGGACCAUUAGGAGCUUUGGGUCCACUAGGUGCACUUGGACCCACCGGUCCUCAUAAUACAAUGAAUUUAGAAAAUCAUAAUACUGUGCAUGUAAAAUGGUCAACAAACGAAAUUCGUGAUUUUGACUUAGUUGAAGUUCUUGAUGAAUCGCAUGUCGGCGAAGAAUUAGAUUGUUCAUUUAUGAUAUUUGGUAAAAUCAGUGUAAGUGAUGAAACAGAUAAUUACAAUUUUAAUUGUAAACCCAAUCAAUUUAUUACUAUCACACUCGUGCCGGAACACAGCCUUGAUUAUUUUAAUAUGACAUUAUUUUCCAAUACAAAUUCUGCGGAAAAAAUUGCAUCAAGUGAUUCAAUGAAAUAUGUUAAUUUUAUUCAAUUAGGAUUAGUGAAUAAUAAUAAUAAUAAUGGAUCAUUUCGUAUUGACGUGAGUUUACAUGAAAUGCAUCAAUUUAUUUUAGCACAUUCAUAUCGUUUGAUUGUUACUGGUUCACAAGAUAUCAUUGAUUUAAAACAAGAAGAAAAUAAUUUCAAAGGGCCACAUAUUAUUAACUGUUGA